UUCGGUUUAAGGGAGUCUAGAUAAAGAGAGGCGUGGGGAAAAGAGAUGGCCUUUCUUUGCCCCGUGCGCAUGCGGCGCGAUAAAAAGAAAGCCACGAGUGCCAGCAUAGAAAGGGAUUUACCAGUUGUGGGUGGAUUAGGCAUGGGCCGCAUAACAGGUUCCUCCAGCAUCGAAACCUUAGUGCGAGUUGGCAUCGAAAAGGAACACGGUCUAAGCCCGGACUCCAAGAUGGUUGUGCUGCAUGACUUCACUCCCUGCGUGGAUGAUGAACUGGAGGUAAAGCGCGGCCAGCUGGUUAAUAUCUUGUACAGAGAAAACGACUGGGUCUAUGUGAUUGGCCAGGACUCGCGACAAGAGGGCUUUAUACCCUUUUCCUACUGUGCCCCCUGCAACACCCAGUUGGCGGACUUGGCUGUCAAAAAGAAAUUACCGAGGGAGCAGUGUCCAGAGCAGCCGAUUGAGGAGAAUCUACCACUCCUGGGCACGGAAAACAAACUGGAUGUGCUCUGCGAUGAGACCCUAAAUCCAGGGUCUGCCAAGAGCAUGGAGAAUAUUCUGCUGGUGGAACCAGAGUGUACUCCUUUCGUUAAAGAACCUUCCGGGCGCUGCAUCGUUUUAUACACCUUUAUAGCACGAGAUGAGAACGAUUUGUCUGUGGAACGGGGCGAAUUUGUGACUGUGCUGAAUCGCGAGGAUCCCGACUGGUUUUGGAUCAUGCGGAGCGAUGGCCAGGAGGGAUUCGUGCCGGCCAGCUUUAUCUAUCCUGCAGACAGCGUGCGAGUCCUGCAGCAGCAGAAAGCCACUCUUAACGCCAUGGAGACCAUUCUGCAGCAGGGCCAACAAGGUCAGCAGACCCAACAACAGCAGCAGCAGCUGGGACUGGGAACGGAUGAUCUGCGCUACCAUGGCACGGAGUUGGUGAUGCUAUAUGAUUACAAGGCCCAGGCUCCAGACGAUCUAUACCUUUCCGUUCGGCGAGGAGAUUGGAUUUACGCCGAUCUGAACAAUCAGACUGUUGAUGGCUGGCUUUGGGCUUACGCACCCAAAACCCGUAAGUACGGAUUUAUUCCGAAGGCCUACGCCAGACCGCCUGCCAUGACAAGUCUCUGAGAGUUUGAUUCACUCUUAUCAUCAUCAUACUUAUUACGUUGAUUAACAUACGCAUACUAUUUAUAAGUCAUCGAGCCCUUGUAAGAUUCCAUUCCAAUGAGCGACACCCUGUGCCUUAGAUGUACAAUAUCAUUAUAUCAUUCAAUGACUUUCAUUGGGUAAUAAAUUGUGCCUUAGAUUUAUUUGUAUGUGAGCUUGCAUAACACUUCGUAUACACUUAAUCUAAUUAUUUCAUCCUUAACUGUAGGUUGCCCAUAAACGAAUAUCAAAAAUA